AUGGAUGAUCACGUUCUGGCGAUGAUUGGUGAGGAGAAUAUCUCGGUUCCUAAGCUCAACUCGUGCUCUGCGAGCGGAGGGGGCUCCUGCGUCGUAGAGAAUGGCAAGAAUCCGACCUCUACACUUGGUUUGCCUCCUGCGACCACGUGCGUAGCACACGAUGCGUGCGACAGCAAUUUCGCGGAGCAGAGCGCGCUUCUUGCGGCGGGAGGCAAGCGAAAGCUCGCCGAAUCCGGCGCCGCGUGGGCCAGAGCCACUGGAAACACCGCCGGGGACUACACCGACGGAUCCUGGGAUCCCGUCACCUCCCUCGCGAGCAUCCGUCACGAGUUCGGCGAGCAUGGCGGCGUGAACAUGUCGAUCGAGAACAGCGCGACGUUCACGGUGAUGGAGCCGGAGAGCAUGGCGAAGAUAUUCACGGGGCAGCUGGGGCCGGAUAACGACUUCUUCGUGUACAGCCGGCACUUCAACCCAACGGUCAUGGCGCUGGGCCGGCAGCUCGCGGCGCUCGAGGGCACGGAGUCGGCGUACUGCACGGCCAGCGGCAUGGCCGCGAUCUCCGCUGCCGUGCUGCAGCUGUGCAAGCACGGCGACCGCAUCGUCGCGUCAAACAGGCUGUACGGCGGCACGUUCGCGUUCCUGGACUGCUUCCUCCCGCGCAUGGCGGGCAUCCGCACCACCUUCGUCGACAUCACCGACCUCGCCGCAGUAGAGGCGGCUCUUAGCGGGGACGACGUGGGCCCAACAUGCGAACUCGUCGGCAGCACAGCACCAGGCGCGGCCGCCGCCGUGCGACCCAUCGCAGAGGAGUCUACUGAUGAUCAGACCGCCAGCGGCGUAUGCACCACUUCACUUCCGCCAGGCGGGGAUGGCGGGGAUGACGCGCCAUCUGCUCCCACAGGCGCGCCGCGGCGACAACGGGCGCGCGCGGGGCCGGCGCGGGUGCUGUUCUUCGAGACGAUUUCUGUUGUAGAGGCGUCUCCUCUACUUUGCAAGAACUCUAAGUUGCACUAA